GUUACGGCAAGCCUCAGCCAUAUACCUACCUCUCAGCCUCCAUGCACGAAUUCCUGUAUGUUACCUGCUUACCAGUCGAGGUUACAUAGACCUACCUACCCACCUACCAGGUAGGUAUACGCGCGACCGAUACUUCAUUCACAGAGCGCAUCUCAGUCUCCUACGAGUUCACGAGAUGCGCACUCGAAGCUUCAGGGUUGUUACGCAAUGAGCCAUCAACGCUACCCGUCCAUUGACCCCAAGGAGCCGCACUCCGUCUCUCUCAAGGUGCUUCGGCUAUCCCGGCCCUCCCUCGUGGGCCAGCACCCGUUAGCCGCACCGCUCUCGUCCAAGCUCCCUUCUCCCUCUACCACCCCCUUAUCGACGCCAGCCGCCCGAGGGGACUCGAUCAUCCCCGCCUCUCUAGCGUACAGCACCAACAGCGACACGAAUCCGGACCCAUUCCUUCUCUCGCCGAUUCUGCAGCUCCCGCCGUCAUUCGGGUCCGCGUACGUCGGCGAGACCUUCAGCUGCACCCUGUGCGCGAACCGCGACGUGCCGCCGGUGGGGGAGCCGGCUCCGUCUACUUCGACAUCCACGCUGGGCGGCGGGCUGUUGCCAACGGCGGCACAGCACCAGCAGCAUACGCUAGCGAAGAAGAAGUUCACCCGCGACGUGCGUAUUGAGGCCGAGAUUAAGACGCCGGGGUCCGGCGCGGUCCUCAAGCUACCGCUGCUGGGCGCCGACGGCGCCGACGACGGAGGUAACGACAAUACCACCGGUGGGCGCGGCGGGGGUCAUAGAGGGACGGACCUGGAACAAGGCCAGACGCUCCAACGGAUCGUCAAUUUUGAUCUCAAGGAGGAGGGGAAUCACGUACUCGCCGUGACGGUCAGCUACUACGAGGCCACAGAGACGUCUGGGCGGUCGCGCACAUUCCGGAAGCUGUACCAGUUCAUAUGCAAGGGCUCGCUCAUUGUUAGGACCAAAGUGGGCGCGCUGCCUGACGGAAGAGAGGGCGAGCGGAGGUGGGUUAUGGAAGCGCAGCUGGAGAAUUGCAGCGAGGAUGUCAUCCAGCUGUCGCGCGUGGACCUAAACCUAGAAGAAGGGCUGCGGUACCUCGACUGCAACUGGGAGGUCAGCGGUAGCCCGCGGCCGGUGCUCCACCCCGGCGAGGUUGAACAGUGCUGCUUCGUCGUCGAGGAGACGGGGAGGGAGGCCGUGUCAGAAGACGAUGACGGUAGGGUCACCUUCGGUAUUCUGGGCAUCGGCUGGAGGAGCGAGAUGGGCAACAAGGGGUUUCUCUCCACGGGCAAGCUAAGCACGAGGGCAGCUAGAUGACGAUACUAUGCGAGCUAGGAGGGGUUGGAGGUAGUACGGUAUGCUACCUCGUAACCACGUUGAGUGGGCGGUAGGCCAAAUCCCCUAGCAACGGUGAAAUCCCCAUUUACGUCGUGCGUUCCCCUCGGACCUGUCCGGGUGCUCCUGCUGAGAUAUUCGCAUAAGAGCACGUUUUACGGACCGUACCUAUGAUUUCCGAUCCGUGCCUGCAUAUCAACAAGACGAGAGAUGUUAACCAGCAUGAUAGACGAAACCACUUAGGUACU